AUGUGGAACACGAAGUGUUCGGUGUGUCGGAGCCCGGCAGCUCAUGGGAGCAGAGUUUUGACCUGCCAAGGUUGCUCGCGCUCGUUCCACGGCGACUGCAUACGUCCCGCGAUAAAAAAUUUGCCAUCACCUGAUCAUGGCUGGCGGUGUAAGAGUUGUCGGGUUUGCUCCGACUGUGGAUCUCGAGUCCCUGGCUAUUCGAGCUCCGCGCGAUGGCAUCUGAACUUCACUGUUUGUGACGGAUGCUACCAAUUGAGGAGCAAAGGAUUGGCCUGUCCCGUUUGCGGUAGAGCGUAUAGGCUCACCUUACAGCGCGAUAUGUCGCAGUGCAAUUCUUGCCGAAAGUAUGUUCACCUGACGUGCGAUAGCGAUGCAGAGCCGUCUGUUCAAGCUGUCAGGAGAGAAUCCGAUCCGGAAUAUGAGUACAAAUGUACUGUGUGUAAAUCAAUUCCCACUUUUCCUUUUCCAAAGGGUUUGAUCUCACCUAGAGGUAUACGUGGAGAAGACUCCCUGCUGGAUAAUUCUCAAGAUUCGUGGCCGUCAACUGUUGGCGAUGAGUCUUCACUUUCUGCCGUCGAGGGAGAAUUUUCGGACCGGGAGGAUGCUGGAGCGCGAGGCAAGCCCCUUCUGAGUCCGCUGGAGUUACUGUCGCCCGGUCUCCAGAGUAGUUCUGGACUUUUCAGUCCAACGGGUACGAGUAGUUCAAAAAAGAGACCAUUAAGCGGGAGUAAUUCCAAGCCCCAAGGCUCAGGCGGUGCUCGUCCGGCUCUGAACAAGAAAGCCAAGUUGGCCGCGGCAGAAUCCAAGAAAGAGAAGAAAUCCAAGCCGAAAAUGCGUGGGAUUUUCGGCAUGCCCGGCAUUGGACUUCAGCGUCCGACACACGAUGAUCAGCAAGCGGAAAAAAAACCUGGUACUGGAAGUACCACCGCAUCUGGAACUGCGGACAAUCCUGCGGAAGACAACUGCUUAAUAUUGUGCUCAGCAAAUGACAAGGUUGUGCUGUCUCAGGACAUGUGCGUGAUGUGUGGAUCUGUGGGUCAAGGACAAGAAGGGCGACUAAUUGCCUGUGCUCAAUGUGGACAAGCGUAUCACCCGUAUUGUAUCAAUACAAAGGUCGCCAAGGUGAUUUUGGAAAAAGGGUGGCGGUGUUUGGACUGCACGUUUUGUGAAGGUUGUGGGCAACCGCACGACGAAGGCAAGCUGAUAUUGUGUGACGAAUGUGAUGUGUCGUAUCACAUUUACUGCCUGGACCCUCCGCUUGACUACGUACCACAAGGCAACUGGAAGUGCAAGUGGUGUGCGGUGUGCUCAGAGUGUGGUCGCAAUGAUCCGGGAAAGAAUGCCAACUGGCUCGAAAACUUUUCGCUGUGUGGUCCGUGCUCGUCCAUCACUCGGUGUCAUAUCUGUUCUGAACUUUACGUUGACCACGACUUCAUCAUUCAGUGUUGCUUCUGUGACAGAUGGUCUCAUGGAAUUUGCGAUUCCAUCUCGAACGAAGAUGAAGCGGACAAGUGUAUCGAAGCCAGCUACCGGUGUCCAAAAUGCCGCCCCCGAGAUGAACCGCCGCCGCAUUUGAGGGUUUCGACGCCUGAAUCAAAGGCCACCAUUUCGCCGUCUCCGCCAGUGUCCCCGGCGCUGCGAGAUUCCGUUUCCCCAGAAGUUCCUCCAUUAGUCUUGCAUCAACUGGGAAACAUGACGUACGCAGCCCGGAAAUCUGGAAGUUCUCAAAUACUACCAACUCCGACGCCCCCUGCUCAUUACAUGGAUGGAGUGACUUUGUCGGAGUCCGGGUUCAGCUUCAUCAGAGAUCUCAUUCCUUUGGAGGAAACUAAGAAGAGUCGCGGCCCACGAAAGAAAGAUGCAUCGUUAGAUUUGGAAGAUCUGAAUGGAAAUCAGGAUGCCGACUGUUUCGGCGACAAAGACGAAAAUGGUGAUCUCGCAGAAGCUGCCAAGAAGCGGAAACAAAGAAGUUUACAGCGUUACGGCGUUGGAGGCUUCUUUGUCAAGAUUCCUAAAAGUCGUAAGGACAAAGAAGCUGAACAAGCCCAGGAGCUCAUGGAUUUGAGUGACGAAAAGCCGAAAAAGAAACGGAAGCAGAGGGCGAAAAGCAAGCUGCUGGAAUCGUUUCCAUCGUAUAUGCAAGAAGCAUUUUUUGGAAAGGAAACGUUGGACAGCGCGAUAACAUUGAAGCCCAAGUCAGAACCCCAGACUUCCACUUCGAUUAAACUUUCCGAAGGACCCGUACAACCGUUGAUCGUUGCUGGAGGAAACGCUGUCGCACGUUUUAAACUUCCGGGUGAAGAGUUGCGAGAGAUGGACGAUAAGGUUUUGGACAUCCAAGAAGUGGAACCGAAGCAAGAACCAGAUUCGCUGAAGUUAUCUCUGGAUGAAGUUGCACUCGUGGACGAGAUGAAGCACGAGCGGAUGGAAAGGGAACGAAAGAACAUCGAAGUCAAGGCCAAGAAAGAGUUGGAGCGGCAAAAAUACCGUGAAGAAUUGGCGAAAAAGCGGAAAGAGAAGGAAGAUCGGAAAGCGAAGAAGUUGCAAGCCGCUCGGGAAAAAGAGGAGCGAAAAGCUGCUGCUGCAAAAGUUGAGAUGCCUGUUCAGCCGGAUGAAGAGGAACAUGAAGUUGUUCCUGAUUCCCUCCACGACAUGCUAUUGUCUGGUGACUUGUUCAAUGAUGAGAUUGACGAUUCAUUGUUCGAAGGCGACAUUGAAGACGCUCAACUGGACGUGGAUGAUAAAGACGAAGAACUAGAUGAGCAUGUAAUGGAAAGCAGCGCACCCCGUCAGUUACCCGUGGUUUCUAAUGCUGAGGAGUUGGUUAUGGAACAUGUUGCCGCGAUGGUGGCUUCGCAUUCUCAACCACCGCCUGUUGCAAACGGUGGUACUCUGGUCGUUCAUGCCAAGGAUGAUCUAACGGAAAUGUUGCUCAAAGGAGGCUUUAAUGACGACAACUUGCCGGCGAUGGACAGCCACGACGUGGAAGCUUUGUUGCUUGGUCUGAAGAAAGACGAUCAUUUGGGAAUAUCCACCCCACCGCACAUGAAUGUGAUCUCUCCGGACUCAUUAGGACCCUUGGCCAACAGCCCCGGGUUGCCGCCCCGCCAACACUUGAUCUCGCAACCGCAGGACAUGCUGCAUGCCGUACGACCUAUCGUGCGUCCACCUACCAUGAUUGUGCUCAACCAGGAAUCGCUAGAACCAACAGUUGUUCAUCAGCAACCGCAGGUGUUGGUGCAGCAGCAACAGCAACAAUCGGUGGUGUAUCAUCAGCAAGUUGUUCGAGUUCAGCAAGCUCCACAACCCCCGGUUGCGCAAUCCGCGGAGUUCGUGUCGUCAGAAUUCCUUCCAAGACAAUCAAAUCCGAGUAAUGUUGCCAACCCGAACACCGAAGACGUAUUUGUUACGUCCGCCACUCCUGCCCCCGUUGUCCAGUGGAAUCAUUCUGUAUCGCAAAUUCCGGAAACAAUAGCUGGGAACCUCGUGGAGACUCCCAUCCAGAAUGCCGGUUUUGUUCGUUCCGCGGAUGUGCAAUCAAGUCCCAGUAGCGUUGAUGAGAACGGAGCUAAAGUCAAUGCUACGACGUCUGUCCCCGUCCGCGCCGACCCCAAUGUCAACAGUCGGAAUAUCAAUAACCAGAAGUGGGAGUUGGAAGAAGCGCUUGACUGGAACGAUCGACAGAGACAGAUCAAUAAGAUUUGGAGAGCUCUCUCGGUCGAUGCCCGAAGUGAGUAUGUGAAGAAGGCACGUGAAAACCGGAGCGCGUCUCGCAUCGUUCGCACUACGGCCUCAGAGCUGAGCACAUCUCCCGGGCCGCCGAUCAUGUCGGAUUCUUCCAUGUCGUCCGACGUGUCAACAUCUAGUUCUCAAACGCCCAUCAUGCAUCCCGGAGUGCCUCCGGAGCCGAGCGUCGUUGUGCCGGCUCAAAUGCAGUCGCAGGAAUUGUUUCCGCCGUCAAUACCCACGCCGCCCGCGGACAUUUCUCAAGAAGAAGUUGUUAAGAAGCAAAAGCAAUUGCGGGAAUUGUUGCAACAGUCACCUUCGCAGCCUGUUUCAAGUCCCGUUGUUCGCGGAAUCCUCGUGGGCACAGACAAUCGACAAUCGGUUGCGUUCCGAGAGCCUCUUCCGCCUUCAGGAGCCGCGCAACAGCCGCCUCCUUCGCGAACACCGCCGGGAGUGGCGCCCAUGCGCAGUCCUCUGCCCGGUGACCAGCCACAAAUGCGAGUUUUACUGCAGCAGCCGCAACUUCAUUUGCAGCAACGGACCGGAAAUGCCAUCGUUCCAGGUAAGGAAGGAGAAGGAGCGAAGGAGGACGAAGUUUCGCGGGACGGAAUGCAGGAGCCCAAAGUCGUGGCAAAAGUUCACGCGGGUUCCCUGCAGCGAUCGCCCUCGGCACCUGCCCUAAAUGCCGGAUCUCACACUGGACAAAUGCCGACGAGCCUGGCGUUGACGGGACAUCCGAUGGGCCAACGGAUGGCCACAAGUAUGCAGCAGCAAUCCGCCUCGGUUCCGUCUUCGCCGACAGCCAGUUCAUCAUCUCUGCUUGCGAAGCAGCUUUCUCAUCCACCUCUGCAAAGCCAAACGUCGCAGCGACUCCAUCCUGGCAGCGUUCUUCUUGUUUCACCAGGCGCCAAUCCAGCUGUGAGAAUGCCUUCAAACGUAGGCCCGCAGAUGCAUGGUGCUGAAGUUAAUCCGAAUGAUGGGCAGAUGCAGAUGCAAAAAUCGGGGGAAUUGCUUGGAGAAGCCCCACCAAAUCAGCAAAUUGUUGUUGCCAGUCACGUUGCGCAAGGAGAAGGAUUACAGCCGAGAGUUCGUCACCAGGUUGUUGUUCAGCAGGUUGCAGUUACUGGAGACCAAGCGCGUUUUAUUCAGCCUGGUCAACAGUAUAUUCUUAGACCGCAGCAAGUGAUUGCUCGCCACGGUGGUCCAGGCCAGACUCAAACGAUUCUUCAAAGAACUGUGUCGCAUCCGAACCUUCCGCCUGCGAAUAUCAUUCGCCCGACGUCUGCUAUGGUUCCGGUCGGUGCCAGCCCCAUGAAGCCGAAUAUGAUGACAGAUGGCCCGCCGUCGGUUAUUCAUCAGCCAGCACCAGUUCAGCCUCAUACCCAACCAGUAUCAACCCCCGUGGCCCGACCGCCGCCCGUUGGAGCGAAUGCCCCGAUCAUGCCGCCAGCUCCGGCCGUGAUGUUCCAUCUCACUCCAUUACCGGCCCCUCAGCAACCGCCUGCAACGAUUGAUUCGGAGGAAAAUCGUCAGAAGCAAAUUGAAUACGAGCAAUGGCUACACAAAAACCAGCAAAUUCUGUCAAUGCAACUUAGUCAUUAUCAGUCCGAAGUUGAACGCUUCAGAAAGGUGCGAAAAACUUUGAUCUCAAGACAGCGUCAGCUGCGAAAAAAUAAUAUGGAGUUAUCUGAACAUGACGCUGCCACAUUGGAGCAAAUUUCUGCCGAUCAGGCUGGUCUACAAAAGCAGCUUGAGCAAGCUAGGAAGGCGUCCAAGCAGCAUGCAAAUACCUUGCAGGCGAGUGUUAUUGAUCAUUAUUUCAACCAAAUAUUUUAUGACUACAACUCGAAGUUCCGACCGAAUGUUACCCCGACUCCACCGCAGGCCUCCCCACAGCAAGACAUGCAGACGCAAGUUGCGCAAAACGUAAAGCCCCAACAGGUUAUGCAGAUGCAUCAACAAGAUACUUCGUUACAUAUGGAGAUGGGCUUGGACGAAAAUAUGCAACCCGUUCCGACGCCGCAGCAACAUCAGAUGCGAAUGCAAGCUCCUCCGCCGCAUCAGCAGCUGCAGCCUCAGCAAAAGUUAGUUUCUGGCCAGAUGAUCUCGCCGCAAAGUGGGCCCAUUCCGCGGCCACCGACGCCCAUGCACAGCAGCCACAUGCCGUCUCCGCACGGGGUCGUCAGUCCAAUGACGCCUCAUCAACAGGGCGUUUCAUCGCCUCAUCCCUCGCUCACGGCGUCGCCGAUGCCGUCUCCAGUGCCGCCAUCACCGGGGACGUACGCUGUUGCGAGUCCGCAACCUCCGAUUUUGUCGCCGCGACCCCCGAUGCCGGGAUACAUGACUGAAGAGCAACAGCAGCACAUGGCGCCGAUGUAUCAACAGCAGCGGACGCCGACGCCGCAGGGAAUCAUGCAAGGUGGCCAUGUUGGGCAGCGGAUGAUGGGAAUGGGUGGUCAGCCGGGAGGAAUGCAUCAUCACGUACAAUAUCGACAUCCGAGUCAAGGCAUGGUCAUCCAAGGCACCAUGUCUCAAGUUCAGCAAAGCUUUCAAGCUCGCCAAGGAGCGAUGCAGUAUCGUCAAAGACAUCCGAAUGACAUGCGGCAUGUGCCGACACCCGGCGGCUACUCCCACCAACUCUCGCCUGGACCAGGUCCCCAAUCUCCGUUCCCGGCCCCGUCUCCAAGUCCAUCAUUGCCGCCCCCGUCGCCGAGUCCGUCACUGCAGACGCCCAAUUACCGGAUGCCUUCGCCGAGUCAGCCUUCGCCGCUUGACAGCCCGCAUCAGGGACCGCCGACCCCGGGCAUGGGUGGCUUUGCUCAUCCGCCGCCGUCCCGGACGCCCGUUCCUCCCGGUGGACAAACUGUGCGGAGUCCCGCGCCUUCCCAUUUCCCACCAGGACAACACAGUCCCGGCAUGCGGCAAAUGGCUCCGAAUUAUUCUCAAGUGGGUGCAAAUAGCUACGUGGCGCAGAGUCCGAAAACACCGUCCUCGACCAUCGGUAGCCCGGCCAUGAGUCCUUCACCGCAUUUGGUGCAACAACAGCAGCAGCAGCAACAGCAAUCCCAGCAGCAGCAAUAUGCGUCCGUGCCGCAACACGUGCGACACGCGUCGGGCAAUGUUCGCUCCCCCAUGACGCCCGGCCAGAUGGAGGCCACUAGUCCGCACGCAUUCCAGUUCCCUCAGUCCUCGCCGUCGGUGCAGUACCAGCUCGCCGGCCCGGGACCGAGCGCGGGUCAAUACCUACCUUGAGUGGGUUCAGGUGACGGGUUGUUCUGCCUCUUGUUUUUUUUUAUUUUUUCGUCUUCUUCCCCUCUACAACUUUUCAUAAAUGUCCUUGUGAUGAGGCGAUUUGUAAAAGAAUUUUAGUGAAAUAUAUGCGGGAGGGGCAAGGCUUAAUUUAAGUUGUUAUUGAACUGUGUCAAGUUUUGGAAAAAAAUGCAAAUUUUUUGUUACGUUCCCGUCUCAAAGCAUUUUUUGGUGUAAUUUAGAAGCUGCUUUGCCGGAAUUUUGGUUGCAUUUCAUUGAUGCUGAAUCCGUUGUUCUCACGUUGUCAAAUUUUAAUGGAGAAUAAUUUUUUUUUUGUGAAGAGUGACGGAGAAUGGUUUGAGGAGUCAAAAACGUGUAGUUCUAAAUAAGCCUUGAAAUUGUAAACGUUUGACUUUUGUGUAUGUAAAUGGUGUUUGAUUUCUCCGGGAAUCGUUGGUGAUGAAUUUUCUGUAAAAGCUCAAAACGAUCUCAAAACAUGCUUAUUUUGAGCGUGUGUCGAGUAGCUGCUGGCCCAAUCUUGUGGUUGAGCAACAUUUUUAUUCAAGCUUUCGUACUUGGAAAAUGUUGAGGCGUCAAUUUCGCAAAUAAAAGUUUUUAGAACUGUCCCCGGUUUGAUUUUUUUUAAAUGAAAAAGAAAAUCUGAUGAUGUUGGAAGUCGCCUGAAGCCCGUCAACUGAACUCACUGCAAUCAUGAGCACUUGCCAGGAUGAGCUGCAGAGCGCAGGAGAGAAAGAAAGAGAGAGACAGAAAAGCAUUUAUUUUUCCAUCAGAACCCUGUACCGUGUUGUAUUUUUGCCUACGCAUAACAUUGCCUCGUUGGAAAUGUUCAGAUUUGUUCAUUUUUGUUCGAUUAUUAUUUUUUUUUGUACGCGACGUGCGCGUCGAACAGAUUGAACUGAUGCUUUAUCAUUUCCGUCUCGUGAGUGUUUUGAGAAGGAAGAGGAAAAAGCUGAUAUUUCUUCGUUGAUCCCCGUACCUGAAGGACUCCGAAGUCCGCUACUUGAUAUUUCAAAACGACGCAACUUUUUCCUUCGGAUUUCACUUGUCAGUCGGGUAGACAUUUUGGCUUAAGGAAGAGUAUUUAUUAUUGGAACUCAUUGGAACCAGAGAAUAUUUGAUGCAAGCAAAGAAUGUGUCUUUCGAAGGAGGGUUUUUUGUGUUUUUGUUGGACGGCGUUAGACGCGGUUUUUUCGGAAUUAUUGACAAUGUUCGUAUGGAUUUUCUACAUACACUCGCACGUUAUUCGGCUGUUUGGUAAUGAAGAUUACUUCCUACUGGUUUUAUCCUACCAUUUA